AAUAACUUUUAUACCCAAAAAAAAAACACAGAGAGAAUUUCUGAUAAUUUUUUUUCGCAGCAAACCAUCUUCACUAUCAUUCAAUUUCAAUCAGUCGUCAUCCUCAGAGGCUCAGAGCUCAUUUUUAUUUCUCCUGGUGCUCAUCAGACACCAGUUCACCAGUAGAAAGUGAAAACCAAAAUAAGAAGAUAAAAAAAUGAGCGAAGCUCCCAAGCUAUACGUUAACAAACCCAAGAAAGCACAGUUGAAGCAAUCAACAGUGAUGGAAACUCAAUCAUCGUCUUCUUCGUCAAUGGGGGAGACUCCUACUCCUACUCCCACUUCCGAUGUAAAUGUUCCCAAGGGCAAGGACUCUUUUGUGCGCCGCUACAAAUUCUUCUUGCCUCUCAUCUUGUCUGUCAAUCUAGCCGUUGGAGCAUACCUGUUUAUGAGGACAAAGAAGAAAGAUAUAGCUGUUGAUGAAGAAACUACUGAUGCUGCACCCAUUCCCCCAAGCUCAACUUCAGGUGCAACACCAACAACUAUUGCUGUCACCGAGAGCCUGCCUAUAGCCCGAUUUACAAGAGCACAAGAACCGAUUUCUGAGCAGCAGCAAAGGGAAUUAUUCAAGUGGAUGCUAGAAGACAAGAGGAAGAUCAAGACAGUAGACCCUGAAGAGAAGAAGCGCAUUGAUGAAGAAAAAGCUAUCCUCAAGCAGUUUCUCCGAGCCAAAUCCAUCCCAAGCAUCUGAACCUUUUUGCAAAAACAGAUAUGAGAAGAAUCGGGUGGUGUGAUUGGGCUUUCUGACAACCAGGUUCAACACUUUUACUUCUAUAAGGUGCGCUAGAGAAUUUCACAAGUCCUAAAAUUGUAUCUUCUGUUUAAAGGAAUGUAUAAAUUUUAUAGUAUACAUUGACCAAAUUUAAUUUUUGAUGCACUAGACACUUUUACCACAAAA